GCACCAGAAAAUAGACUGGGAUUGAUGAAACUAGUUCGUUUGUUUAUGAUGAAACCAGUCUAAAUAUUUGUGUUUUCUUCUUUCAUACGAUCCACGUCAUUUACAAACAAGUGCCAACAUAAUUUUAAUGUUAAAAUUCACUAUUACACAAGGCAUUAUUUACAGAAACUCGAAUUAUUAUACUAAGAAAUAUAGUUUUUAAUAUCCAUAAUUACUGCUGACAUCAAGAUAUAGCGAUUAUGUAGCAAUUAGGAACGUUUAGUUGAGUGGAGGAAAUAACGAAAAUAAUGGCGGCGAAUACGUUUGAUCACAGUAGAACCUUGUUUAUGAAAGAAGAUGGCACUCCAAUGACAUUUCAUAUGAGACCAUGCAGUGAACGAAAAUACCUAAGACAAUUAAUAGAACAUGGAGGUGGAAUUAUGACUAGUAAAGCAAGAGAAGAUUGCAUUAGACUUGCAGAGAAAGGAAGUACAGUGACAUCAGAAAACUACAUUUCUAGUAAAUACAUCACUGAAUGUGUCAAGGAGAACAGGAUACUGGACAAGACAAAAUUCAGAUACCUGCCUGCUGCAGAUGACGGAAUGGAGCCAGCCAGUGUAAUCAUCAGGAUUGAUGAACGAUUAACCAAAGGAAGGAAGAAAUAUUCAGCACAAGAUGAUAAAAAUAUUGUAAAAUAUUUGAUUGAAAAGAAACUACAUACGCAAAUAAGAGGAAAGAAGAUCUGGAGAGAUAUGGAGUUUAUUGAGAUAACCUGUCACUCCAGUGAGUCAAUGCGAGAUCAUAUGUUGAAAGUGAUUCUGCCAAACAUCAACUCGUAUGAUUUCCCAUCCCACUGGAAGUCUCUGUUAACUGGUAACACAUCCGCAGCACUAGAUAAGCAGGAAGAUGAAGAGAUAGUCAUAGAAAAUGAUGCCAGUAGAAGUGAUAAUGAUUCAGAGGGGCCAGUGGUGAAGAUUGGAGCCAGUCUAUCUAGUAGCAGGAAAGCAGUUGAAAAAGAGAAUGAUGGAGAGCAUAGGACUCAAACUGUUUCCUCUAGUAAACUUUUUAAUGUAGGAAAGAAUACAGAAAGUGUUGUUUCUCCUAGAUCAUCACCUAGGAAAACUCAAGUGACAGAAUGUAUUGGUUCUCCUAGCAAAUCACCCAGGAAACAUUUGUUGAAAGAAAGUAUUGGUUCAGCUAGCACAUCACCCGGGAAACAUUUGUUGAAAGAAAGUAUUGAUUCAGCUAGCAAAUCACCCAGGAAACAUUUGUUGAAAGAAAGUAUUGGUUCAGCUAGCACAUCACCCGGGAAACAUUUGUUGAAAGAAAGUAUUGGUUCUCCUAGCAAAUCACCCAGGAAACAUUUGUUGAAAGAAAGUAUUGGUUCAGCUAGCACAUCACCCGGGAAACAUUUGUUGAAAGAAAGUAUUGAUUCAGCUAGCAAAUCACCCAGGAAACAUUUGUUGAAAGAAAGUAUUGGUUCAGCUAGCAAAUCACCCAGGAAACAUUUGUUGAAAGAAAGUAUUGGUUCUCCUAGCAAAUCACCCAGGAAACAUUUGUUGAAAGAAAGUAUUGGUUCAGCUAGCACAUCACCUGGGAAACAUUUGUUGAAAGAAAGUAUUGAUUCAGCUAGCAAAUCACCCGGGAAACAUUUGUUGAAAGAAAGUAUUGAUUCAGCUAGCAAAUCACCCGGGAAACAUUUGUUGAAAGAAAGUAUUGGUUCAGCUAGCAAAUCACCUGGGAAACAUUUGUUGAAAGAAAGUAUUGGUUCAGCUAGCAAAUCACCUGGGGAAAAUUUGUUGAAAGAAAGUAUUGGUUCAGCUAGCAAAUCACCUGGGAAAGAUUUGUUGAAAGAAAGUAUUGGUUCUGCUAGCAAAUCACCCAGGAAACAUUUGUUGACUGCAAAUGUUGAUGCUGUUGCCAAAUCACCUAAGAAACGUCGUUUAAACAGUAUAGAUACAUCAUCAGAAGAACUGACAGAGAAAGCAGAACAAGAACCUGAAAAAAUAUCUGUCAAAACAACACAAGACGAAGAAAUUUCAUCCAAACGAAAGCGGAGAGGUCAAAGUCGAGAACCAAUGACUGGAGGAAGUGAGGGUCAGUGCCAUGAUGAACCAAUACUAAUAUCAUCAUUGGAUUUCACAGAUCCAACACUAAACAACCAGUCAAACAAUGAUUAUCAGAGUCCACAAAGUCCUGACAGUUCUACCAGAUUGAACAAUGAUCAGGAUGAGCAUAAGAGGAAGGAGGAGGAUAAUUCUUUGUCAGAAGCAUACGAUGAUGAUGAUGAUGAUGAUGAAGAUGAGCUUGAUAAAGAACUCUUUAAAAUGACAAAGAAACAAACAGCCAAUAAGCAAGAUAAUUCAAAGAGGAUGUCUGAUGACAGUGAGGGUCAAAGUCCUUUAAGAACUAAACAGAAGCAACAAAAUUCGGAAAAGGUGUCUAAAGAUCACCAAAGUCGUUUACGAAACAGACAGAAGCAUGACAGUCCAAAGCAGAAGUCUGAUGAUAGUAAGGGUCACAGCCCUGAAAGAACUAGACAGAAACAAAAGCAAUGCCAAAGCUCAGAAAAAACAAGAAAAUACAGGUUUGUCAAAGCCUUAGGAAAGAGUUCCAAUGCUGAGACUGACAAAGAAAUAGAAAAAACAGAAUCUGAUAGCAGUGACGAAGAUUCAUUAGAUAUUCAGUGUCAUUGGCAGGCACUUGAAGAAUCGGCCAUGCUACAUACAGACGAUACAGAAGUGAUAGCCAAACAAAGAAAGAGAAAAAUGGAAGAUGAUGAUGAUUCGUUACCAAAGAUAUCAUCCAAAAGAAAGUCAGCUAAGACGAAUACACCUGUUGAAGUGGACAGUCCGGACAGUUCUGAUGACGAACAGCUGGUCAAAGACUGUAACACAAUCCAGGCGUUGGCCAAGUUAUUCAACCUUACCAAUGAAGAAGCCACUUACUGUACGUACGUUAAUAGUGGCAGUAUUGCUGAUACUAUUCACUGGAUUAGGAUGGGUGUAGACAGAGCUGGUUUUCCUGCAUGGACAGCUGACGAUGAUAAGAUUCUGCAAGGUAAUAAUGAAACAGAGAGAGACCGACUGGCUAGUGAUUUAGGCAUGGACCGAUUUCAAACACGAAUAGCCUUUUUGGAAAAACAGAAACAAUAAAGAGAAAAAAGUCCCAUUAAAGAGUAAUUUAUUUAUGAAGACUGUAUCACAAAAUUACUGGAUGAAUGUCUUUUGUUGUAUAAAACAGUUUUGUACAUACUUAGAGCUGAAAUGAAAGAAACACUGAUUUUGAUCUUGUUUAAAGUAUCUAAAAUUAAAAUUGUGUAAAUAUUGUUAAAUGUAAAUAUCAUGUGUCUAAGAUGUAUAUUACAGCAUGCUUGACAAAUGAGACUUGUUCACUGCUAGACUGGGUUUUUUUGUGCCAAACAUUAGAUGAACGUGAUGUGCUUUAGAAUAUGAUGGUACCAGUCAAAUUGUUCACAAGUUCUGGGCCUCCUAAACAUGUGAGUGGUUGGCAUUCUAGAAAUGAACUGACGGGUUACUACUCUUUAGAUUGAUCCCCGUCGGUGGCCCCAUUGGGCUUUUUCUCGUUCCAGCCAGUGCUCCACAACUGGUGUAAUAAAGGCCGUGAUAUGUACUCUCCUCUCUGUGGUAUGGUGCAUAUAAAAGAUCCCU